AUGUCUUCUAAUACGCAGCAAUCCAAAAAAACGAAAAAGACGACUACAAAAAAGUCUGUUCAACAAACUGCUGGGACAGCAGCAAGCACAAGACAAUGGGAAAUUCUUCCCAGCUUGAAAGUUAGCGCAGAGCUAGAUGGUACUGUCCUGUCCACUUUGUCCAUCAUGAGCACCCGACUGAAUGAAUCUCAUUCACUUCUGGAGAAGGUCUACCACAACAUGGGAGCAAUCAAUGGCCAGAAUAACAAUUUGAACCAUAGUCCCAUCGGUCAGGCUCUUACUACAGGAGAAUAUAUAAAGUACCGCCUUCCAACGGUUUCGAGAUUGAUCCAUUCUCAAACACGAGCAGUUCUGGCAACAAUGCCAUUGACGGUCAAUGAGGGCGCCUUCUCAACAUCCAACCGUCCCAUUGCUGAUGUAGUGCAGAGCUACACACAUCAGCAAGCUGAAGUAAAGUCUGUUUCGUCUGCAGUUGUGGAAGAGAAAACCCGAAGACAUAUUUUGUAUAUGCUUCAAAGGGCAAAAGCUUUGCCAGAAAAGAUAGCUCGACAAAAUCGGAUUUCUCAACGCCGGUCCAGAAAGAGAAACACUGUCGUUGACCUUCUGGACUAUGACAUGCUGUCUGAUAUUGAGUCAGAUGAGGAGAAAAAUAAAACAAGAUAUACUCCUAGAAAUAGACAUCCCUUGAUGGAUGAAUACUUUACUGUUUUGAAGAAACAGAGACUUGCUAACAAGGGACCAGACGUCAUUGGCAAUUCUGUCUAUCCAAUUAUUUUGAGAAACACCAAGUUAUCGAAUGAGAAAAAGGCAAGUGUUGCUGCUUGGAUUCACACACGCCAGCAAUAA